AUGAAAACGACCAAGGGUUGUAAUGCCAAGCACAAACGAGACCCGAAGUCUGGCAAAUCCCAAAUACCCGUCCGCUCGGGGUCAACUUUUAAAUGGCGGAUCCAGCAGCGUGGCUCGAAAGAUGAUGGCGAUGGGGGGUCUGACAGGAAACCGGCCCUGAAGCGGCAUCGGCUGCAGGUUACACAUACCCAAGGUCGAAAAAGGGACAAUCUUAGCGCCUCACGACCCGUUGGCUCUGAGCUUUCUUUUGUAACUUUCGCCGAGACCACGAAACCUUACACGCUUGAGAAUGCCGUUCAAUAUCUCACCCAUAUUCGAGACUCGUUCUAUCCCACCGAAGUAUGUGUACGGCACACAGCCGUCGACAGAUCACUCUACCUCUUUCUCUUCAACGACCCCUUAUACUUCCACGCUAUCCAGUUUGCCGUUCUUGCAUACAAGGAGAUGCUGCUAGGCCUACCAAGAAGUAAUGAGACAUAUAGGCAUGGAACCAAGACUUUUCAACUACUUCGGCAACGACUAAGCUCGCCUGAUCAACUUGUCGCGCUGUCUGAUCCAACCGCGUUAGCCAUUAUUACUCUUGCACACGCAGCAGAAGGAUCUGGAGAUACUAAAAGCUUCGAGGCACAUGUACAAGGUCUCCGGGCACUUGUAGAAGCGCGAGGGGGGCUGACGUCUUUGAAGUCAGACCUCCGUGAGAUGCGAACAAAGAUAUGCAGAGUUGAUAGUGCCUUCGCUUUUCUUGAAGACCGGCCUCCGAUGUUCUUCCAGGAGUCAAUAUCGUGGGAUCGGUACCUAGUCGACCAAGACGAGCCCUUAGACACUGGCCCCAUCAGCAUCCAGCUCCAGAAAAUACGCUCGCUUGAACCGAGACUCCUUAAUGUGUGGCUGGACAUGAGACAGUUCACAUUCAUGUGCAACCGCAACCAGAAAUCGAACACUCGGAUUGACCAAAGCACGUACGGCAAGAUUACAGUCUCGAUGCAAUAUCGCCUCCUCCACCUCUCCUUUGCGGCAUGCUCCCUAAAUAAUGCUCUGCGCAUGGGUCUGCUUGUUGUGAUGACGAAGCUGAUGUUUGGGUGGCAUCCUAACAAUAAAGCCCAGCGUCGAGCCUUGGUACGGUUUGAAGUGGCGUUGCUCCAGCUGCGUAGUGCGGUUGAGGAUGUUCCUUGUCCGCUCUUGUUUUGGAUGAUCAUGCUUCGUUUCCAAUUUGGCGUUCCUGAAUCGGCAGAUACGUGGCUAGAAGCAUGGCUUGCUGACACAAUGAAGGAAUUGUCAAUCACUUCGUGGUCUGAGGCCAGGACGUUUCUAGUUUCGAUGGUCUGGUUUGAAUUUUUUGGGGACUCGGACGCAGAAAUUGCUUUUGAAGCUGCGUGCUCAAGGCAUCAAGUUAGUGAUUAA